AUGGUUGUCUCUCGAAAAUGGCUGUCUUUGAGUCUUGUUGUUCUGUACAUUGUCCUCCAGCUGAGUGCAGUCACCACUCUAGGUGAUGAGAAAGUUGACAAAACUAGAUUUCGCGGUGAUGAUGAUGAUUGCCAAUUGGGUCGGAGAAGUGGUGGUCGGUUUGGUCGAGGGAAUCGCGGUAGGGGACCUAGGGGCGGUGGCUUUGGAGGCAGAGCCGGAGGAGGAGGAGGAGGCUUUGGUGGUGGUGGAGGAGCAGGGGCUGGUGGUGGUAUAGGUGGUGGAGCUGGAGGAGGAGUUGGAGGUGGUGUUGGAGGCGGUGGUGGUAUUGGCGGUGGUGGAGGCGCUGGUGGUGGUGGAGGAGGUGGUCUUGGAGGUGGGUCAGGUCAUGGUGGAGGUUUUGGAGCUGGAGGGGGUGUAGGUGGUGGAGUUGGUGGUGGGAUUGGAGGUGGUGGUGGUGGUGGAGCUGGUGGAGGAGGCGGUGGCGGAGUUGGUGGCGGUUCUGGGCAUGGUGGAGGUUUUGGAGCUGGAGGUGGUGUAGGUGGAGGUGUUGGAGGAGGUGGUGGUCUUGGAGGAGGCGGCGGAGGUGGUUCAGGAGGAGGUGGUGGUGUUGGUGGAGGUUCAGGCCAAGGAGGCGGGUUUGGUGCCGGUGGUGGAGUAGGAGGUGGAGCUGGAGGGGGCGUUGGUGGUGGAGGAGGAGCAGGAGGAGGUGGUGGCGGUGGUGUUGGUGGAGGUUCAGGCCAUGGAGGCGGUUUUGGUGCAGGAGGUGGUGUAGGAGGUGGAGCUGGAGGGGGCGUUGGUGGUGGGGGAGGUGGAGGUGGAGGUGGUGGGGGUGGCCGUGGUGUUGGUGGAGGAUCAGGCCAUGGAGGCGGUUUUGGCGCAGGAGGUGGUGUCGGAGGUGGAGCUGGCGGAGGUGUUGGUGGUGGAGGAGGUGCAGGAGGAGGAGGAGGUGGUGGUCUCGGUGGAGGUUCAGGUCAUGGAGGUGGUUUUGGUGCUGGUGGUGGUGUAGGAGGCGGAGGUGGAGUUGGUGGCGGCCUAGGAAGUGGAGGAGGUGCUGGUGGGGGCGGUGGCAGUGGUGGAGGAUUUGGAAUUGGAAUUGGGGUUGGCAUAGGUGUGGGAGCUGGCGCCGGUAGUGGCCAAGGGUCUGGAAGUGGAUCCAGUGGAGGUGGUGGAAAUUAA